AUGUUAAAAUUGACAGAAAUCAUGGAUUAGGCUUGUAAUUUUUGUGAAUUUCAAUAUGUUCAUAAUCUGCCAAAUUAGGACUUUGCAGUCAUAAUCAAAAAAGCACUCUAUGAAAAGUAUUCUUCUUCUUAGAUUAUAUAUAUUCGAAUCAUCAAUGAUUUAAUCUUUGCUCGUAGAAGUCGAAAUUACAAAUGCAUUUAAAGAUUAUCUCUUUUGGGAUUACCAUGA